AUGGGUCCGGCUCUGCCUCUUGUGGGCAUCCUUGCCUGUCUCAUGGCCUUUGUGGCUUCUAAUCCGAUAGAGAUACGCGCCAAUCAGCUCUCUCCUGCAGCAAACGCAUCACUGCCCACAGGCUGGAGCUACAUUGGUUGCUACAACGAAUCAAACCCACGAGCCCUGAGCAGUGCGAGCUUCGCCAAUACCACGACCAUGACCGGAGCACUAUGCACAGCCUACUGUAACAACAAAGGAUACGUCUAUGGAGCUACUGAGUACGCUUCGGAGUGUUACUGUGGGAACAAGCUGUCUGCGCCUACCUCUCUGCAGAAUGAUACCAAGUGUGCCAUGGGCUGCGCUGGCAAUAGCUCAGAGAGUUGUGGAGGUCCCAACUACCUCUCGGUUUACUUCGCGAAUAAAGAUGCCCCAAAGGGUCCGGGAAUUAAUCCGGGCCCUCCAGGUUGGACGAGCUAUAAGUGCUGGACAGACAGCACCAAUGCAAGAACACUUUCAAAGGGAAUGUCGACUCCAGGAGGUAGCAGCAAUAUGUCCGUCGGUCUAUGUACGGGUGCUUGUUCAGCUGCAGGCUACACUUUAGCAGGCGUUGAAUAUGCGGGCGAGUGUUUCUGCGACAACUUUGUGGCCAACACGGCGAAGCAAGCCGAGGAUAUGAGUUGCAACAUGCCUUGUAAUGGCAAUGCGUCCGAGUUCUGCGGUGCAGGGAACUUUCUCAAUCUGUAUGCCUUUGGUAACGCGCAGCCUACUACUCAGCCGGUGUCGACAUCGAAAACAUCUAGUUCUACGAGCGCCACUGCGCCACAGUCUUCCAAGUCCAGUAUGACAACACAGUCUUCCAAGUCCAGCACGAUAACACAGUCUUCCAUGUCUAGCGCUUCGACGCAAACCUCAACUUCCAGCACGGCAGCAACAGCUAGCCCCCCAGCAGCUACACCGUCCGGAGGUGUCAACUCGACUGCAAUAUUACCAUUCAAAUACCAGGGCUGUUAUACGGACUCUAAUGCUAAUGGCCGAUCCUUGACAUCGCAGCAGCCAGACUCGCAAAAAAUGACCGUGGAAUCCUGUAUCGCUCAAUGCUCAUCAAACGGCUAUCAUAUCGCGGGUCUUCAAUACAGCUCCCAAUGUUUCUGCGACAACUACCUCCACAACUCUCCCUCGCUGGUUUCAGACUCCGAUUGUAGCAUGGCUUGCGCUGGUAAUCCUGGCGAAAAGUGUGGUGCCGGGAACAGAAACUCAAUCUACUCCAAUGGUACACUGUCAAAUGCUACAUCGCCCAGCUUUCUCACAGACGUCCAGUUGCCAGCGAAUUGGACGUAUACUGGGUGUCUCAUUGAUAACUUCAAUGGAAACAAGCGGUCUUUGCCAUACUUUAUGGAAUUUCCCACCAUAAACUCCAACACUUUAUGUAUCAAAACAUGUCAGCAAUAUGGCUUCACCGUCGCUGGUACGGAAUAUGGUAAACAGUGCUUCUGUGGAGAUGCUCAAAACUACAUUGAUGCUGGGGCUAGCUUUAUUGCCAACUCUUCCUGCAACAUGCGCUGCGCGAAUGACACUGCUGGAAGUAACGGAGGCGAGAUUUGUGGAGGGCAAAAUGCCAUUUCAUUGUACACUUGGAAAGUUCCUUUUGACCAGUGGUCAUAUGCUACAGGGAAUGAGGCCGGGAAAUAUGUCAACACUGUCGGAGGGGUCGUCAUUCCACUCAUUACUGCCCCUGCCCGGAAUGGGAAGGUCACCUUCGUGGAGAAGUAUGGUACUGGGCCGCCUAAUAGUACUGGAGCCUACGAGUUGGAUCCUUCUCAGCUCUCGGACUUUAAUAAAGCCUGGCGGACCCUACAUGUGAAGACUGACGUCUUUUGUGCUGCAUCUUUGACACUUCCGGAUCGUGCUGGACGGCAAAUCAACGUCGGUGGCUGGUCUGCUCCAUCCACCAAAGGCAUCCGUCUCUACUGGCCAGAUGGUAGUCCUGGUGUACCGGGCACAAACGACUUCGAGGAAGAUGUAAACACUUUGGCACUUCAAGCCGGACGCUGGUACCCUUCCACAAUGACAAUGGCAAAUGGCUCGAUCCUGGUCAUGGGCGGCGAGGACGGCUCCAAUGGUAAACCAGUGCCUAGUCUGGAGGUCUUACCACAAGCUGGCGGGCUACUCGACUGCGACUAUCUUCGCAGGACCRAUCCCAACAAUCUAUACCCCUUUUUGAUCGUUCUACCUUCAGGGAAUAUAUUCGUCGGGUACUACAACGAAGCACUACUGUUAGAUCCCGGGACUUUGCAGCCAGUCAGACAACUUCCCAACAUGCCAUGCUCCGUCAAUGCUCCUGGAUCAGGUCGCACGUAUCCUUUUGAGGGAGCUGCCAUGAUUUUACCACAGGUAGCACCAUACAACGAACCAUUACAAAUUCUCAUCUGUGGUGGCAGCGGACCUGGUGUUGCUGUCGCGCUGGACAAUUGCAUUACCAUCGCACCCGACCAACCCAACGCCAAUUGGACAAUAGAGCGCAUGCCCAGCAAAAGAGUCAUGCCAUACAUGGCUGCACUGCCAGAUGGUACUUAUCUCAUUACCGGUGGAGCUCACCAAGGUGUUGCUGGUUUUGGACUUGCCACAGAUCCGAAUCUGAACGCCGUUCUCUACGACCCCUCAAAAGCACCCGGCAAACGCAUGACAGUCGUGGCCAACACCACAAUCGCCCGUCUCUACCACUCCCAAGCCGUUCUCCUAGAUGAUGGAAGCGUUUUGAUCAGCGGGUCAGAUCCAGAGGAUAAUGUCAAUCCACAAGAAUACAGAAACGAAAUCUUCCUCCCACCUUACCUACUAGGCAACAAACCCCGACCAGCAUUCACUUGCAAAGAUCAAGACUGGGCGUAUGGAUCCUCAUACACCUUCACCGUCUCAUCCACCGGAUCCGGCGGUUCUCUGAGAGCUGUCGCCAUGGGCUCAGUAGCAAGUACUCAUGGAAAUAGUAUGGGUCAGAGAACAUUCUUCCUGGCGACUUCAUGCUCUGGAAACUCUUGCACCGUCACCGCACCGCCUAAUGCUAAUGUCUGUCCGCCAGCUUGGUUUCAGAUCUUUUUGCUGGAUGGUCGUAAAGUGCCCAGUACGGCUGUGUGGGUGCGGAUUGGAGGCGACCCGGCACAGUUGGGCAAUUGGCCGAAUGCCACUACUGGGUUUCAUUUGCCUGGUAUGGGGCCUGUUCAGAGACUUUUCUAA